GGUCCAUAUACGAGCCCAUACCAACACAAACCCUAAUUCCCUCAUCUUUCAUACAUAAAGCUAUAAAGAUUCUAUUUUCCCAGCCUUCUCCGUCCAGCACCCGCAACCCAGAGGAGAUUACUGAGUUCUCCUGCAUUUCACGAAAUGGGUAAAGCAGGUAAGGGAACAGGAAGCUUUGGUAAGAGGAGGAACAAGACACACACACUGUGUGUACGAUGUGGUCGGCGCAGCUUUCAUCUCCAGAAGAGCCGUUGCUCAGCUUGUGCUUAUCCUGCUGCUCGUGUUCGCAAAUAUAACUGGAGUGAGAAGGCCAUUCGAAGGAAGACAACUGGAACUGGUCGUAUGAGGUACCUCCGCCAUGUUCCCCGUAGAUUCAAGUCCAACUUCAGAGAAGGUACCCAAGCAACUCCACGAAGCAAGGGAGCUGCCCCAGCAUCUUAAGGUUUUAUCUUCUGCAGAAGACAAUUUUAGCAGUUAGAACAAGUUGAGACAUUAAAUUGCUGCCUUAGUUGAGACACUAAAUUCCAAUAUUGUAUUUGGAUGAUUAAAUUUAUACUCUCUUGCGUGCUCAUAUAAAAACCAACCUGCUUUGUUUUUCUAA